AGUGGAACUCUCGUUAUUUAUACCAUUCCGGAACAAAAGAAAACUCAGUUGCGUUUCAGUUGUUUACGUGCCAGAAUAUCAAGUAUUAGAAUGAAAAUGAAUUACGGGAAGUAUCUCUUCUGCACUAUGCUGGUUCUGAUCCAUUUGGCUAUUGAUUCUCUGGCGGACAUAGGAGUGGAUCAAGAGUCUUGUUUCAUGGCAAGCGAUCUGGAAGAUCAGUGCGGUUUCGUUUGCUAUCCCAUUGUUAAGCCCCUGCUUCAGUAUUUGGCCAGGUGUCAGGAGAAGGAUUCGCAAAUUAACCAACUUGAGGCAGAGGUCCGAGAGCAAAGAGUUGAAAGCGUCAAAUGGAAGAGUGAAACGGAGGCGCUCGGUAAACAAUUGAGAAACAACUUUUGUGACCAGAAAAGUGUACUAAAGCAAGCCCUCGAAGAUGUCCAAAAGGUGCAGUUUCAACUCAGUUCGGAGCUUAGGUAUCUCCAAGAAGACACCAGACACCAGCGAACGGAACGAGUCGAUGCAGCAGAUGUGCAGAAACUGAAGAUUGAAUUGUCGAGCAAGGAGUCAUUAUUAACUGAUGUCAAAUCCAAAUUAAUACAAAAGUAUGAAAUAUUAGAGCAAAAGGAGAAAUCAAUAAAGGAAAAGGAUAAGCUAUUGGCAGAGAAGGAUGAAUAUAUCAAGCAGAUGAUGGAGAAGUACCUUCCGCGAAGCUGUGAGACCUUUGAAGGCACCAAAGGGGUCCGAACGAUCUAUGUUCCUGAGACAGAACCGUUCUCGGUGCUUUGUAACUCGAUUAUCGCUGGAUCUGGUUGGGCAAUCGUUUUGCGAGAACUUGAAGGAUCUGCUAGCCUAGACCACAAGCUAAAUCAAUAUAAAGAAAAGGGUUUCGGAGAUCUGCACGACUCAUUUUUCAUCGGUCGAAAGAACCUGUAUCUCAUGACACGAGAAAUGCCACACGAAGUUUUUGUCAUGGUGAAAUUUCUAGACGGUUCUAUUGAAGUUUAUAAAGGCACAAAAGUGUACAUGGGCGACGAAGAGGAAGACUACGUUAUCAAGUCGUUCAAUACAAUUCCAAGAAUCGGAGACUACUCCGUCCAACAAACGGCAACGUCAGUGUCACUCGACGCUCUGUUCAGGAAACAAUUUUUGCCAUUCGAUGAUCUUCCUGAAUGGAAAGAAUUGACCAUUAUGAUCAGAGAGACCUUGUGAUCGAAAAAACAAGCCUUUUGUGUACGCU